CUUGUUCCAUAAGAUAGUUCUUCAGAGCUCUAUUUUGUGGUUUUGAUAUGAACAGCAAAUAAUUUGCGUGUAGUUUUGGAAUAAAUUUAAAUCACUCAACUUGUUAUUUCAAUUUGAAGACCUACACAAGUACGAGGCUGUAGUGUCAGUUUACAUUAUAAUUAUUCUACACUUAUGAAAAUGAAUUUUAAAGUGAGCAAACUACUAUGUAGAACUUUAACAACAAGCACCAAAAUUCCUCGGGUUUGUAUCGUGGGUGCUGGUCCUGCGGGUUUCUAUGCUGCUAUGCAUUUAUCAAAAAACCUUACCCAGGUGAAUAUUGACAUUAUUGAAAAACUUCCAGUUCCGUUUGGAUUAAUAAGAUAUGGAGUAGCUCCUGAUCAUCCUGAAGUAAAGAAUGUUAUUAACCAAUUCACAAAAGUAGCACAACAACCUAAUGUAAAUUUCUAUGGCAACAUAACAUUAGGAAAGGAUCUAAAAAUAAGCCAUCUGCGACAGCAUUAUGAUGCCGUGUUAUUGACUUAUGGUGCUGAAAAAGACAGGAUGCUAGGCAUUGAAAACGAAGAUGCUAAAAAUGUGAUUGCUGCUCGAAAUUUUGUUGGGUGGUAUAAUGGACUCCCUAGUGACAAAGAUUUAAAGGUCGAUUUAUCAGGGCAUACAGCUGCAAUUCUCGGACAGGGCAAUGUGGCACUGGAUGUCGCAAGAAUACUGUUUUCUCCUAUAGAUGAAUUAAAGAAAACUGAUAUCACAGAACAUGCUCUUAAUUGCUUAGCUGAAUCUAAAGUAAAAGAACUGUACUUAGUUGGAAGAAGGGGGCCUUUACAAGUUGCUUUUACUAUCAAGGAACUGAGAGAGCAACUUAAACUUAGUAACUGUAAGACAAUAUGGAGAGAUCAAGAUUUUAUAGGUGUGGAAAAAGCUAUAAGUAAUUUACAGAGGCCAAGAAAGAGACUCACGGAACUCAUGGUCAAAUCAUAUCAGGAAAGUCAAACAGCAAUUGAAAAUGAGAAUACAAAAUAUUUCAAACCUAUAUUUUUCAGAAGUCCUCGAAAGUUUUUAGUGGAUGAGCAGAACAAAAUAAAGGGUAUCGAGUUUACCUGCAAUGAGUUGCAAGGAGAUACACUAGAAGAUCAGAAAUGUGUUGCCACUGACAAGACUGAAGUUUUGCAAUGUAGUUUAGCAUUUAGAAGUAUAGGGUAUAAAAGUGUUAAAGCUGAUGAUGAAUUGAUAUUUGAUACAAGUGGACUUGUAGCAAAUAAUAAAGGUGUAGUAGAAAAUGUUUCAGGAGACUUGGCUAAGAUGUAUGUUGCUGGCUGGCUUGGUACAGGUCCAGUAGGAGUUAUUUUACAUACAAUGGGAAAUGCAUUUCAAGUGGCAAAGGUAAUGGUAGAAGAUUUGAAAAAGUCUGACAUUCCAAAUAUAAAAGGAGGAUUUGAAGAAAUAAAAAAACAUGUAUUAAAAAAUAAUACUCAUAUAGUAGACUGGAAGGGUUGGGAGAAAAUUGAUAAUUUUGAAAUUGAACAGGGUAAGGUAAAAGGUAAACCACGUGAAAAAGUCUGCAGCAUUGUUAAGAUGUUAGAAAUAGCUACUCAAUGACAAUGGUUUUAUGUGUUAUUGUUAUAAGUAUAACUUUUAUAUGUUGAGUUACUGUUAGCACAUUUAUAUUAUUUACAUUGCAAUCAUAGAAUACAAUGAUAUUUUUAUUUUUAAUAAAUCUACGGUUUUAUACAGUUGCAUGUC